AUGUCAACAACAGUCGCAGUGCACGUGCCGGCGUGGAAGAAGAUUGGCUUGAAGCUCAAGAAGGCGGGCGAUGAGCCGGAGGUGACGGCGGUGAAGGACGCCGUGCCGGAGGUGAAGGCGCACGACGACGGCGACGACAGCGAGGACAAGAAGGAGCGCAAGCGGAAGAAGAAGGAGCGCAAGGAGAAGGAGAAGAGGGAGAAGGCCGAGUCGGCGUCGGGGGACAAACCAGCGGCAGCGGGGGACCAGGCGGAGGAGGGAGCAAAGGAAAAGAAGAAAAAGAAAGGCAAAAAAUCAAAGUCGUCAACCAGCAUCCCCGAGUCCACCACUCCCUCAACCACCACUCCCUCAACCCCCACCCCCGCCGCUCCCUCCACUCCCACCCCCACAACCACCACCACCACCACCGACCCCAAAUCUCUCCUCCUCCGGCACCCACGCGCGCCCCCCACAUCGCGCAAAUCCGUCACCUUCACCUCCGACACCAAAGCCACCGACGGCGACUCCAUCAAGACGCUCUACCAGAACCACGACCCCUUUGCGCACUACGACUCGUACCAGCAGCACCUCGCAAACUACCCUUCCUCCUCCUCCUCCGCCGCCAACGAGUUACCCGCGGGCUUCGACGACGCCGUCGAGCCAAAGAAGGGCGCAGAGAUACAGUACAAGUUCGGCUCUACGGGCAAGAGGAAGAAGUUUACGGAUGAUGACGAGGUGGAUGCUACUGCUUCUGCUGGGGGGUCCGGGUCCGGGGGCGGGGGUGUGAAGGAUGCCACUCCGGCGACCACCACCACCACCACCACCACCAAGCAAAAGAAAGAGUCUACCGGGAAAGCAAGCGACAAAAAAGACGACGCCCCCACACCCAAAAAGCGCAAACCCAACCCUCCCAAACCCUCCACCGCACCCACCGCCAACACCGCCCCCUACCUCCACUACCUCACCGCCCACCACCUGCACCGCGCAACCUGGAAGUUCGAAAAGUCCAAGCAAAACUGGAUCCUGCGGCACGCCUUCGACAGCGCGCAGAUCCCGGGCACGCACGACGCCGCGCUGCGCGGAUACAUUGCCAGCGUGCAGGGCGCGGCGGCGCGCGACCGGCUGCUCGAGGCGGCGAACGAGGUGGUCAAGCGCGGGAGCGACACGAUUAGUCGUGAUGGCGAGAAGGUGGAUGUGGUCAGUCAGCGGGAGGGCGUGGGGAGGGCGAGGCUUGUGUUGGCGGCGUUGGGGCAUGGGGAGGAUGAUGAUGAGGAGGAAGAGGGGGGGAGGAGAGUGCUGGUCCUUUGA